CAGAGACUCACGUGCUUCCCAUCUAGCGCUGCUGGAGCGGCUCAUGACGAACGCGAAUGACGUCUUGGAUGGCGGUAUGCCUCGUCGCAUGCAAAGAGCAUCCAGAAUGAUCGUCGGGCAAUUCCGAAUUAUCUUGGUGGGUAUCGCACGCUUCUCGACGGGACAGAGCGUUUUGGUGGUCUUGCGACGGACUUUGACUCUCGAUACAGAUGGGCGAUUUCGAGUGUCCGUGUGCCUUUUGAUCCAAUCUGGGCUGCCCCUUUGGCUGAAACCGUAUUGGUAGUAGUAGUGAUGCUCUGCAGCUCAAAAUGCGCUUCCGCUCCCACGGUCUGGGUCGCACCGUGCUCUGUCUGCUGCUCGUUCGUGUGUGCUUCUCCUGU